AUGUUGCCUUUGACGAUUCUCGCUCUGGCUACGAGCUUAAGUCUCGUUUGUGCCGAUGGGCAAUUCCGCUCUCGUCCAGAUCUUGCACCUCCAAAAUUAAACAUCACCAUCCCCGCUACAGAUGAUGUGGCGCCUGGUUAUAUAUUUAUCGGCGCUUAUCCCGGCUUCGAGGGCGCUCGUGCAGGCCCCGAGCAACCUGCCGGCUACAUUUUCAGGAACAAUGGCGACAUGGUCUGGUCAAGCUUGGGCUACUUAGCUGGUUGGGUUGGAAACUUCCAGGCUGUACGCUACAAGGGCCAACCGGUUCUACAGGCUUUCCAAGGCUCCCUUGAUCCCUUCCAUGGCCACGGUUACGGCACUCCUGUUCUCCUCGACCAGUCUUAUAACCAGGUUGCCAAGCUGCAGUCUCUAACCCACAAGCUGAUCUCUAUCCACGAGUUCAAGAUCGUCAACGAGAAGACUGCACUAGUGGAGAUAUACCAACCGAAGGCGAUUGACCUAACUCCGUAUGGCGGGCGUGACGAGGAGGUGUGGAUUGUCGAUGGCGUUUUCCAAGAAAUCGAUAUCGAGACUGGAAAGCUCCUCUUUGAGGGUCAUACUCUGGAUUUUGCUUCCCCUGCAGGUACUUUUUUACAUCAAAUGCGCAUGCGGGAACAUGUUUGCUUACAUGCCACUACAGAUAGCUAUAUUCCUCUUCGCUCUGGCCGAGCUUUCACUGGACUGAACGCAAGUGACGCUUGGGAUUAUUUCCACAUCAACAGCGUCGACAAGAACGAUGAAGGUGACUACCUUAUCUCUGGUCGUCAUAUGAGCGCCCUGUACAAGAUCAGCGGAAAGACUGGAGGCUUGCUGUGGCAGCUCGGCGGUGGCAAUACCACGUUUGUGCACAACUUCAACUUCGGCUACCAACACGACGCUCGGUUUUUGAACCAAUCGGCGGACGGUACUGUCGAAACCAUCUCCUUCUUUGACAACUCUGCUCGCUCCGACCGUCAGCGAACCGGCGGCGUGGACUACCUACACCCCCACUCCCGGGCAAGGAUUGUCCAGCUGAACCACACCGAUGGGACUGCAAUUGAGGUACAGACCUUCAAUCCUCCGGAUUUGCUCUCAGCCCCUUCGCAGGGCAAUGCCCAAGUCCUCGAGAAUGGAAAUGUCUUCGUCAACUGGGGUCAGGCUGGCGCUGUCACUGAAUUCACGGCCGAUGGCAGUCCAAUCUUCCACGCGUACCUUGACUCUGGCAUCCUUGCUCUUGGUGCACAAAGCUACAGAGGCUUCCGCUACGAGUGGGACGGAUAUCCAAGGGAGACUCCUGCUCUGGUGGUCAUCCAAGACGGCGACCAAACUGCGGCGUACGUGAGUUGGAACGGCGAUACUCAUACGCAUUCCUGGAGGUUCUAUACCCGGUGCAGAAGUGUUUCUUGGGGUAACAGUGAGAGGGUGAGAACCUACCAAGUUGGGGAGGUUGAGCGGGUCUCGUUCGAAUCUAGCCUGGUGUUCUCCACUACCAUUGCGCGGUGUACGGAGGAAGGCCAGGUCUUCGCAGAGGCCAUCGACGCUAAUGGUGCUGUUCUGGUUACUACUGAUGCUGUUCGCAUACAGGUCUCUGGCAAAUCAGCGUAUCUCAAUGCUCAACAGGCUGAGCAGUAUGCUGUGAGGGGUCUGUAA